AUGGAUGUGAAUUUAAGGAUUACAGCAUUGUUACUUUGCCUUGUUAUAAAGGUAGUAUAUGGCGUGUAUCUUGGGGGCCACCUGAACAAAAUAACUAUAGACAAUGAAACAGGAAUGGUGUAUAUAGGUGCUGUAAACAAAAUAUACCAACUUAAUGCAAAUUUAUCCAAAAUUUACGAUAUCGGAACUGGACCCCGGAAUGAUAGUCCAGAUUGUUUACCAGCAACAGAUACCUGUUCAUAUGCAAAACAACCAACAGAUAAUUACAAUAAAAUUCUAGUCAUAGAUCGUGCCCAACGGAAACUCAUUACUUGUGGAAGUAUCUAUCAAGGUGCCUGUGAAAGAAGAAAUUUAGAUGAUAUCACAAAAUUUAAAGUUUCUUAUGAUGGGAACAGCAUCACAGAUUUUGCUGUAGCUGCCAAUGAACCAAAUGCAUCCACAGUCGCCUUCAUUGGCCCUGGACCCAGUGAUCAAGAUGUUCUUUAUGUUGGUACUACAUAUACUGGUAAAUCACGUGAAAAUAAAAUAUACAGAGAUGAAGUCCCAGCACUCAGCAGUAGAAGUCUACGAAGUGAAAGGUUCUCUCUUGCUGCUGUUACCAAUGUUCUUCAAGGAAGGUCUUCUUCUAUCUAUUUAAAACGUGAAGUCAGUUCUAUUUAUCCUAUAGAAUAUGUUGCUGGGUUUAGUUCCAAGCAUUUCAGUUAUUUUCUUACUGUACAAAAAGCUUCAAUCCAUCCAACUAGAGAUGUCAAAAAUAUUACGAAAAUUGUUCAUUUGUGCCAAAACGAUCCAAAUUUCUUUUCUUAUGCUGAUAUGCCUUUAAAAUGUGUAGAUGGUGAUAAGGAUUAUAAUAUAAUUAAAGCUGCAGCAGUGAUCGAACCUGCUAUGAAUCUGCGUGCCUCAUUACUGAUCGAACCUACCCAAGAUGUUCUGGUGGGUCUCUUCUCCCAUCAUAAUGAACAGUUUGAUGAAGAAGAUUCAGCUAUCUGUGUUUAUAGUAUGAAGGAAGUACGAGCUAAGAUUCUAGAGAAUAUAAAACUAUGUCAUCAAGGUAACCCUAGUGUUAGUGGUGGUGGAUAUUUACGUGUUGGUCCUGAUGAUGAAUAUCUAUGUAAUACUAAUUUAGAGAGUUUCUCUAUGGUAGUUGGUAUUAACCCCAUGGUAAAGAAACCAGUCCUUUCGUAUCGCGAUCAAACGCUUACUGCUGUAGCCUUGACAACCAUCAAUGAACACACUGUUGCCUUUGUUGGUACUUCUAAAGGUGAACUGAAAAAGAUUGUAGUGGAAAAUGAUGUAAAAGCUAGAGAAUACUCAUCGGUCGUUGUUGAUAAAGGCAGUGCUGUCAAACAGGAUAUGGUUUUUGAUACAGCUCAUGAAAAUAUUUAUGUUAUGACCGAAACAAAUGUGACCAAAUUAAAAGUACAAGAUUGUGGCCAGUAUAAAUUAUGUAAUAAUUGUCUAUCUGACAGAGAUCCCUAUUGUGGCUGGUGUUCCUUAGAAAAAAGAUGUACUUUGAAGAAUUCUUGUCCUAAUUCUGGAGAUCCAACACAAUCUAGAUGGUUACAUGGUAGUUCUAAUCAAUGUAUUUAUAUCACCAAUAUCACACCUAAAACAACAUCUGUAACCACUGUAACAGAGCUUCAUCUGACAAUCCCUCAAUUGCCUCAGACUAGUACCUAUAGCUGUGUUUACCAAGAGUUAAAUUGGAACUCCCCAGCUGAAAUGUGGUAUUUUGGUGCCAAAUGUGCCACUCCAGACUUUUCAAAGAUUGGUGCCUCAUUGACUACUAUUACUCUAGCCUUGAAUUCAAGUGAAACUGGAAAACUCUUUGUUACAAAGCCGUUUACAUUUUACAAUUGUACCAACUUCAAAGAUUGUACAACAUGUACUAAUUCUGAGUUUGAAUGUGAUUGGUGUAUAUAUGAUAAUGGUUGUUAUCAUGAUAGUAAACAUUGUAAUGAUCAGAUUAUUCGUGUACGAGGUGCUCUACACUGUCCGAGAAUAGAUAUAGAACAAACUGGUGAUGUAUAUAUACCAGUAGAUGUGACUAGAGUUGUUUUAUUAAAAGGUUAUAAUUUCCCUGUCCUCAAACCAACUCACAGUAAUUACCGGUGUGAAAUAGAUACUGGAGAGAGAAUAUAUGAAGCUCAAGCUGAAAGACUAGAUGAUAGACAUAUUACUUGUAAUAUGCCAAAGAUCCAUUACAAUGCUCAGAAAGGAAUGUUAGAUGCUAAGCUAUCAGUUUAUUGGGGAAACGAUUUUGUGUUAGAAUCAACUUCAUAUUUAGCAGUCUACAAAUGCAGUGUAAUGGCCAACAGUGAAUGUGGUCUAUGUAUAAACAUCAACUAUACUAAACCAUUUUUAAAUUGUCGCUGGUGUGGAGAUGGGUGUCACUAUAUGACUAAAUGUCCUCUACCAGCAGUAUCAUCAUGUCCUGCUCCCAGGAUUCUAUCAGUGUGGCCAAUGUCGGGACCUAUACAUGGAGGAACUAAUAUCACUAUUGAAGGAACUAAUUUAGGAGCCAAGUUUGAAGAUAUUGAAAAUACUGUUACUGUUGCCAAUGUUAAAUGUAUUCCAUAUCGCCAUCUUUAUUCACCAUCUAGAAAAAUUGUUUGUCGAGCUGAUUGGAGAGGGUCAGUAACUAGUGGUCCUAUACAGAUCUCAGUUAGUGGUAUUGUAGCCAAUUAUUCUGAAAACUUCUCAUAUAGGAGUCCAAGAUUAGACAAAAUCCAUCCAAGUCAUGGUCCAAUAUCUGGAGGAUCUUUAAUAACUAUAACUGGUAGAGAUCUAAAUACUGGUGGAAGUAUACAGGCUAGUUUUGGUAAUGCUCCCUGUGCUGUAGAUAGAGGUAGUGUCACCUCAACACAUCUCAUCUGUCAAACCACCAAAGUUCAGCAACCAGAACGUAAAAGUCCUAUUAAGUUAUAUUAUGAUGGUCAAGUGUUUACGUUAAAUAGAGAUUUUAUAUAUAAACCUGAUCCUAUUAUCACCAGAAUUCAUCCUAGAAAAAGUAUAGCAAGUGGUGGGCGUUAUUUAAACGUGGAGGGAUCAAACUUUGAUUGUAUACAGAAACCAAAGAUGUUUGCGUAUGUUCCUACUGGAGGAGGAGAUUAUGAAGUCACUAAUCCCACGUUGUGCAAAUCUGUUAGUGCCUCAAUGAUUAAAUGUCCCACCCCACCUUUACCUCCAAUGAGAAAUGUUGUGAGAAGUAAACGGUCUACUCCAAUUGUUAAAGUACAACUAGGAUUCAAUAUGGAUGGUGUGUUAUCUCUAACUAAUUUGACUGGUGCUGGAGUGAGAAAUAUACUAACCUAUUUUCCUGAUCCUGUGGUCCAUAAUUUUACUGAAGAAGGCAACAUCAAAACAUUUAAAGGAGAGAUGCUGAUUAUUGAGGGUCGUGACCUGACAGAAGCGUCUGAUAAAGAUGAUGUCAAGGUGAUGAUUGGUGGAAAACACUGUAAUGUGACUACUCUAUCAUCCAAUCAGAUUGUGUGUUUACCACCACCAACACAACCAAAUAAAGGAGAUGGUGUAGAAGUGAAGAAAGGGGAUGGAUUACCUGUUGUUACAGUGCAAAUUAACAAUGUGAAAUUUCAAGUUGGUAAAGUAGAAUAUGAUGUACCUGAAUCUUACUCCUUCCCAUUUGAAGCUAUAGCAGGAAUUGCUGCUGGUGGUGGCUUCCUCCUGCUAGUUAUUAUAUUAAUCCUGAUAAUCUAUAGAAGACAAAACACCAAGGCUGAGAGAAUUUACCGUAAAUUACAGAUACAGUUAGAUAAUCUAGAGAGUAAUGUCAGAAAUGAAUGUAAACAAGCGUUUGCUGAGUUACAGACAGAUAUGACUGAUUUAACUGGUGAUCUAUUAUCUAGUGGUAUACCAUUCUGGGACUAUCAUACAUAUACAUUUAAAGUACUAUUUCCUGGUAUGACUGAUCAUGUUGUCUUACAUCCACCAUUGGUAAGUUCCAACUUCAGUAGAAGAAUUUUAUUCCGAUUCUCAGACCAAGGACUACAGAUGUUUCAACAAUUAUUGAAUAAAAAGUUGUUUUUAUUAACAUUUAUUAGAACUCUAGAGAAUCAGAGAGGCUUCAGUAUUAGGGACAAAGUAAAUGUAGCAUCAUUAUUAAUGAUAGUUUAUCAGAGUAACAUGGAAUAUGCCACAGAAAUAUUAAAGUCACUGUUGGUAGAAUUACUAGAGAAGUCAGUAUCUGGACGACAUCCUAAACUAAUGCUUAGAAGAACUGAAUCUGUUGUAGAGAAGAUGUUAACUAAUUGGUUAUCAUUAUGUUUAUAUAAAUAUUUAAAGGAUCAAGCAGGCUCGCCAUUAUUUAUAUUAUUUAAAGCUAUUAAGUUACAAGCGGAGAAAGGACCAGUAGAUGUAUUUACAGGAGAUGCUAGGUAUUCAUUAUCAGAAGAUAGAUUACUACGGGAAAAAAUAGAACCUAAAGUCUUGUCAUUAAAUGUAGAACAUUCAGGAGAAGUGAUAACAUGUAGAGUAUUAGAUUGUGAUACCAUAACACAAGCUAAAGAGAAGAUUAUGGACUAUAUGUAUAGAAAUGUGUCUUAUUCACAUAGACCUUCUGUUCACGACUUAGAUUUAGAAUGGAGAAAUGGACCAGUUGGACCUGUUAUGUUAAAUGAUGAAGAUGGAGCAUCGAUUCAUAAAGAUGGUUGGAAGAAACUAAAUACAUUAUCAUUCUACAGAGUUCCAGAUGGCGCCUUCUUAUCACUUAGUCAUAAACAAACCACAAUCAAAUCUAUGAACGGUGAGUCCAUUAAACAUAACUUAAUAUUAUCAACAUUUUCAUAUGCAGUUAUUACAAAUGACGUAAUAGCCAUACUAACUGCACAUAAGAAUUUAUGUAAAGGAGAGACAACAGUUGAACUGAGACGAGAACAGAAUUCUGACAAGUACUAUGGCUUAGAUGGAGGAGUUAAAAUGAUAUCAGAAAUAUUCCUGACUAGAUUACUUUCAACCAAGGGUACACUACAGAAAUAUAUUGAUGAUUUCUUCCGAACUAUUUUAACUCAGACCUAUAAUCUACCACCUGUGAUAAAAUAUUUAUUUGAUUUCCUUGAUGAUGCAGCAGAGCAUCAUGGGAUUACUGAUCCCGAUGUUGUACAUACAUGGAAAUGUAAUAGUUUACCAUUAAGAUUUUGGAUCAAUAUUAUAAAGAAUCCUGAUUUUGUGUUUGAUAUUCACAAACCACUUAUUGUUGAUUCUUGUUUGUCUGUUGUUGCUCAAACUUUUAUGGAUAGUUGUUCUACAUCUGAACAUCGUCUAGGAAAGGAUUCACCAAGUAAUAAGUUAUUAUUUGCAAGAGAUAUAGUCCAUUAUAGAAAAUUAGUAGAAAAAUACUUCACUGAUAUCAGAGAAAGUCCCACUAUUAGUGAUCAAGAUAUGAAUUCUUACUUAGCAGAGAUAUCUCGGAUGUCUUGUGGAAAGUUUUACAUUUCUAGUGCUUUACGUGAACUAUAUACUUACGUGUCUAAAUAUAGUAACGAACUCGUCGAGGCCUUAGAGUCUGAUAAUAUUGCCAAGGCUCAACAAUUAGAAACCAAAUUAGGACAGGUUAUUACUGCCAUGGAGGGCCCAUCAAGUCGUAUUGCGUAUGUGUAA